AGGGAAGUCUGGGCCUCCCUUCUGAAGCUGCUACCCCCGUGACCCCUACCCAGGAUAAAGGGAAGAAGAUGGAUGGAUGGAUGGAUGGAUGGAUAUAAUAAAGGCGGCUGCAGGUAAAACCUGGAGCAAGAGAGGGCGGCACCUGGAGGAUUAGGAUGGAUUCUCUGGGCCUGGUUCCAGAACAAGUUUGAGUUUCUGCUUCAGAACCUGAGAUCUAAAGCUAAAAGAAACCUGAUGUUCUCGAUCAUGAACCGAUACGGAGCCAGUUCUUUUACAGCUGAACCAGGACCUUCAGAAGAGAAACAGGCCCACAGCACCACGCAUCGUCUACUGUGCUAACAGAGAACAGAUCCAGUCUGGGUUUGGCUCAGUUAAAGUUCUAGUACUGGUUCUGUUUGUGACGGCAGUACAGAAGAGGGUUUCUCCGGAACAACCAGCUGGGAUGUAGAGUCUGAUGGUUUCUACGGAAACUCGUGGUUGCUAUGGAAACCCUGGGAUGCUUCAGAAACGACGUCCUUCAUCUCCAUGCUGCUUCUGGUCCAGUAGAGUCCAGAACCAGCCCGAAGCUUGGACUCAGAGUCUGAUGAGUUCAGAUCAGGUCAAACAUCUUACUGUCUGAGGCUCCACAGCGCCACCUGGAGGUCAGGAGGAGAACAGCCGCAGCUUUCACCAAUCAGAGGGCGAUUCGCUCAGUGCCCACAUCUCCUCUGCUCUCUCACACACACAAUCAUGUUUUCGUCACUUGUGGGGACUUCACAUUGACUUCAUUUAAUUUCUACAGCCUAACCUUUACCAUAAUCCUAACCCAAACCUAACCAUCACAGACCUAACCACUAACCCAAAACAACAAUUUUCCUCAAGGGGACCAAGAAAAUGUCCCCACAAGGAGCAAUGGUCCCCAUAACCCCAGAUUGUGGACAGAAAUGGGUUCCCAUAAGGAUAUGAAAACCUGGUACACACAUACACACACACACACACACACUGAAACCCUGAGGAACAUUUCUAGACUGCAAAUCAGGAGCUUUCUGUGUUGCAGAACCUCGGACCGGGUUGGAUUUUAUUACGAUUAUAAAUGUACAUGAGAAAUAAAAUAGAUGCUGAUAACAAUAAGGGAGAGUCUACUUUAAAUUUUCUUUAAAUUUGUUUAUUAUCGUUAACAUUUAUAUUCAAAAUGGCUGAAUUUACACAUUACUUGUGCAAAUACAUGAAAUAAGUCAGAUAAAGUAUAUUGUUUAUUGUAAUUAAACAAUAUGUUUGUUUAACUACACAUGUUCUACACAGUCUGAUAUAUUGAAUACAUGUGUGAGAUAUUGAAUCUCUGAUCAUAGAUGUGCAGUGAUGCAGAAAGUACCGUAUCUCUCUGAUAGGGGGCAGUGAUGCGCUCCACAGACACAACAAGCAGCAGCGGCUCUUCUUCUACACUUUGAAAAAACUGAAAAGAAUCAGAAAAGUGGAGAACACACAUUCAAGGCCACUGUCCUCUAUGGCUGUCAGAUUUUUGAAAAUGAAAGGAAAAUGAAAUAGAAACAAAAGAGACUUGUGGAGUUCAAAUGAAAAUAAAAUAAGAUCAAACACGAUUUGCAAUUUUAAACAUUUAAAUUUUAUGCAUUAAAAUGUGAAAUAUUUUUUUGUUUGUUUUUCUUGAAAUGUUGGAUUUCGGGUCAUACGGGUCACUGCCCGGGGCCCCACGGGGCUUGUGCCGGCCCUGCGGCCUGCCGGGCGGCCGAAGAUGAUUUGUGUGCGGCCGGCUCUGGUUUUGUGUGCAGCCCGGCUCUGUUUUGUCCCGCUGGGCCAUUAGAAUAAGAAAGGCCCAAUAGAGAAGCGCAGGCAGAAAGAAAGCGGCACAAAGAGGCGAAUCUGGAGCGGGACGAGCGGAGCGCGGUGAAAAGAGGCGCAGAGCCACAAUGGAACAAUUCACCUCAUAAUCGCUUUGAUAUAUUAUACAUGCCUGAAGACUCUAAACAUUGUGUAAUUAUUUAUAAAUGAGCCCCCCGGAUAAAGCUGCAGAAAGACUCUGCAGGUUUCUGCUGCGCCGCGAAUCUAAAUGGAAUAAUUAAUGGAAAAGUCUCAUAAAGAUGUCUUCACAAAACCUUUAGAGGGACGCGCGCGCGCGCGAGUGCGUGAUGUUCGUUCAGUCCAGAUCAGAUAAACCGGAUCCAGUUCUGUUGGUUCUCAGAGGAUUUAAUUAUGUUUUUUUUAAGUCUUUUUUUCUUGUUUUUUUUUUUUUCUACCUGAAGCAGAAACACGUGGAGCUGAUUCAGAGGAACCGGACCGGACCAGAACGGUCCGGUUCCGAACGGUUCGGUUCCCAGUAGAAAGAUUCUGCUGAGUUCAGAAAUAAUCAAUUUGUGUUUUUGUUUUUUUUUCUUUCUAAAUUUGAAUCUGGAACAAUAAGAGAAAAAAAAUAUUUCAGCUUCUAAAAAUGUUCAGCUAACGAGGCCGUGUGUAUCCAGAUUGAUGGUUGCCAUGGCAACAAGAGAUGGUUCUGGAGGACCAGGAAACCGCCUGUUGGAUCAGCGGAAGGUUGUGGGUUAGAUUCCUGCUUCCUCCGUCAUGUUGAAGGUUGAUCCUGAGCAAGGCACUGAUCCACCAGUUGGUUCCGAGCCGGUACCGGUCCAGCUGGCGGUAGUCAGGAUGUCCAGACAGGCAGAAGGUCCAAUCAGAACCAACUUGCUGCUCCAACUUUAGAAAAUGUUUGUCAAACUUUAUUUACAUUUCUUUAAUUUCAGAACUGAAUCAAUCAAUCAAUCAGUUUAUUGAAACGUCAUCAAAACAUCAAUAAACUUAAUAAACCAAUUAAAAUGAACUUUAUUUGGAUCAGAUGAUCUAUUUUAUAGUCGAUCCUCACCUCAGAUCAGCUGGUUCUGUUCUGGUUCUUCUGAAAGGUUCUGGUCUUCAAUUAGUCCAGGAUUUUGGAGGCUUCAGUUUUUCUUCUUCUCUCUUAAAGCAGGUUAAGUUAUAGUGUGUGUGUGUGGGUGUGUGUGUGGGGGGGGGGGGGGGGGGGGUGUAGGUGUGUGUGUGUGUGGCGGGGGGUUGCGGGGAGGAGCGGGUCUGUGCGUGUCGCUCGCGUGGCUCUGCUCCUCCUCUGAUUGGCUGCCGCUGUCCGGCGGCACGCUUCUCCGUGCGGGGCGCUGCGGCGUCAUUAUGCAGAUGAGGCGGUUGGCACGGGGCCGACCUGCCGCUGGGGGGAAACCUGGGGGGGGCGGUCAUUGUCCGGCCCGGUAUAUAAGCGGGCUGAGGCCGGGCGUGUGCCAGGCUCACGAGCUGAUCCAGAGCAGCAGAGGCGCGUGCCAGCAGUCCUGAUCCAGACCCGGUUCUGCUGGGUCGGAACCAACAUUUCCUCAUCCCGCCAGAACUGAACCGAACCGAACCGAGAUGGACUCCGUGUUCUCCGACACCGACACCAGUUGCGACCUGUUCCCGCACACUGACGAUGAGGACAGCGUGCGGGGCGGCAGCAUGCGCGGCGCGUCCCCGCCGCCCGACCAGCCGCCGCCGCAGCAGCAGAAGAAGCGGCGGCGCGGCCGCGGCCGCAGCGACGCCAGCGCGCAGGUGGUGAAGAAGAGCAGGCGGCUGAAGGCCAACGACCGGGAGCGGAACCGCAUGCACAACCUGAACGACGCGCUGGACGCGCUGCGGGGCGUCCUGCCCGCAUUCCCGGACGAGACUAAACUCACCAAGAUCGAGACUCUGCGCUUUGCGCACAACUACAUCUGGGCUCUGUCCGAAACCAUCCGCAUCGCGGACCUGCAGGCGGGCCGCGGCGGGGAGCCGCCCCCGCUGCGGCCCGCCCCCAGCCCGGCCAGCGACGGCAGCGCCGGCCGCUGCUGGAGCUCCGGCGGCUCCUCGUCCUCCUCCUCCCCGACCUACUGCGCCUCCAGCCCGGGCAGCCCCGCCGCGCCGGACGACCUGCUGCCGCGGGACGCGCUGUUCGGCUUCCGUAGCUUCGCUACGGGCAUCUACUGAGGACACCUGGACACACCUGGAGACAGACCUGUCCCGCAGCGGAACCGCAGUUUGCCUUACUGAACUGAACUGGAUGAGAAGAACGUUCUUCCUCAUUUAUUUGUGUCUCAGUUUGUGUUUUACUCUAAAUAUCUUUGCACUUUCCCCCUUUAACCCCUCAGCAGUGAGCAGGUUCAGUCAGGCCGCCUCCUCCUCCUCCUCCUCCUCCUCCUCGAGGUGAAGAGUCAACUUUAUAAUUAGUAAAGCGCUGAAGCAGAAAACUGAGCGUGGAAAUCCAGUUUCUUCGCUCUGACAAAAGCUGAAAGGACCUGCCCCUCCCCCACCUGUUGUUUCUAUUUAUUUGCUUUCGUCACAUCAAAACUUGUAUUUUGUACAUAAACAGAUUUUUAUUCUA